AAAGCCACACGUGAUUACAGACGUAGAUAAUAGAUGCCUCUUUGUGAUAAUAAAGUAUUUAGUUACAAAUAUAAGAAAGAGGUGAUAAGUUAAACAAAGAAGUGUCUUCUUCAUUCGAAUGUCAGAUCAAUGAUGUCAUAAAGAGAUAAAUCAGUGUUCAGCUCACUAAACAAUAUUUAUAAAUAAUAUUGUUGACUGUUUGGAUGCAUUGUAGAAUGCCAAAAGAAAACAACUCAAUAUUAAGAAAAUAACAACACUUCCAAUAUUUGCUUUUCAUUGUGCGGGGAAUUCUCAGACACAUUAAAUUACUACGUCUCAAUCAUCACCGAUAAAAACAGAUAAAACUAGUGGCAAUGACUGGUUAUACGUAGAACAUAAUAAGGUGUUUUUGUAAAUUAUAAAAACAUAAUUCAAGAUAAUCAUGGAGAAAGAAAACGGUUCGCCUCCCAUCAAAAACGGCCCCGACACGUACAGCUCAAAGAUUGAGCUCGCGUAUAAUGGAUCGAGAGAAGAUUUGGACCCCUACGUGCCUGCUGACCACAGACCGUUGGAAUCCAAUACGUCGAGUUUCGGAGCGUUGGCACAUUUGUUAAAGGCAUCUCUUGGAUCAGGAGUAUUGGCGAUGCCACUCGCAUUCAAGAAUGCGGGUCUUCUCGUUGGAGUUAUCGGAACUAUGAUCAUUGGAUUCAUUUGUGCGCAUGUCAUUACCGUUUUGGUCAAAACGUCGCAGCAGCUCUGCGUUGAAAUAAAAAAGCCGUGUUUAGGAUAUGCAGACACGUGCGACUUGGUAUUUCAAAACGGGCCAAAAUCCGUCAGAAAAUAUGCACCUUACGCCAGGGAGCUGGCUGACUGGGCACUCGCUGUGACUCAUUUGGGAGCUUGUUGCGUUUACAUUGUGGUUGUUGCAGAAUCCUUUAAACAAGUAUCAGAUGUAUACGGUGGCCCAAAUUGGUCAGUAACAGUUUUCUGCGCAUUGACACUGGUAGUAUUGAUACCAUUGACUCAAAUCACGAAACUUAAAUACUUGGUGCCGUUCUCAGCAUUGGCAAACUUUGUGUGGUUAACUUCGAUAUGUAUUUCAAUAUAUUAUUGCCUCAGAUCGCCACCUUCAAUAUCAUCAAGGAAUCUCUCGACGUCUAUUUCUGGAUUACCAAAUUUUAUAAGCACAAGUUUAUUCGCAAUGGAAGGAAUAGGUGUUGUUAUGCCAAUAGAAAAUGAAAUGACCAAACCUCAUCAAUUUUUGGGCUGCCCCGGCGUGUUGAACAUUGCCAUGACAGCCGUUGUAGCUUUAUACGCUUUCGUUGGCUUUAGCGGGUACCUAAACUUUGGAGAAAGCGUCAGGGGAAGCUUGACACUCAAUUUACCGCAAGAUGAAAUAUUAGCACAAAUAGCGAAAAUAUUGGUAGCAUGUGUGAUGGUAUUAUCCUACGCUUUAAUAUUCUACGUGCCAGUCGAUGUGAUUUGGAGACGAAUACAGGAGAAGAUUCCUGCUAGAAGUCAUAGGUGGGGCAUGGCUGGAUUGAGAUUAUUUGGGACUCUUUUUACAGUGGGUCUAGCCUGUGCCAUCCCAAGAUUAGAACUCUUCAUGGAGUUAGUGGGCGCUGUAUGUCUGUCUAUAAUGGGUCUUUCGCUGCCAGCUAUAGUGGAAACAGUAUGGAGAUGGGGCAAAGACCUAGGGCCCUACCACUGGAUCUUAUGGAAGAACUGCUUUAUUGUCUUAUUUUCUUUAGUAGCUUUGGUUUCUGGAGUAACGUUUUCAAUCAAAUCUAUGAUUGAUAAUUUGUGAUAUAAAUGAUGGCUGUGUAAAUAAUUGAAUUGAUAUAUUUAUAGUUUUGCUUUAAGUAUGCUUGAAUUGUAUAAUAAAUGUUCUGCUAACAACUACACAUACGUAUGCGUUUUUGGGAACUAUUUUUAAGAAAACAUUUAAAAUUAAAAGUAGUUUUAAGAUUCUAUCUAUAAAGAUAAUCCAUU